AUGCUCGGGUGCGGCGCAAGCGUUGUGAUCAUGGAUGCCUCCCCGGACUACAUUACACUGUUUAUUCUGCGUAUCCUACAGGGUGCAUUUGAAGUAGGUCCCGUUUCUGGAAUGAUUUACAUUGUACAGCCGUCCCUCCGUCGCCCGUUUCCUCUUCAGAUUGCCACUACCCUUCCCACAGCCGGUAUCGCCUUCGAGACUGUGCUCUUCGAGUUUCGAUCAUAA